UUCCGCUCUAGCUUGCUUGCAAGAGCGGAGAUCGAUGGGCGUGUCAUGCAGGCGCUCGCCCACUGUGCGUCUUCUAGAUAGUCUGCUUUGGAACGCAAUUGGUCCUUUAGCUUGAUUGACAGUUACAGUUAUCCAAUGAGGUGUCGCGCUUGGUGGCGCCCUGCGCGGUGUGGCGGAGGCGGGAUUUUCCCGGUGACAGAGAGGAGCGCACGGCCGGUAACCGGAGAUCCAGUCCUCAUCAAAUUUUCACGGUCAAGGUGGCUCUUUGCGAACUGAAAGUAAGAACGGGAUACGUGAAUGGGGCUAAAGUAAAGCAGGGCCAUCACUGGUGCUUGACUAUGUUCUCAGGAUGAAGCGGCGACUGGAUGAGCCAGAGGCAGCUGCCUAUCCACCUCAGCCACGGAGGAUCACCGAAUCUUUUGCCCACACACACCGUGUGCUUGCCCCUGCUCCUCCAACAUAUGAACCGCCUCCUGAUUCUAUGCAGCCCACUGCGGGCAUCCAGUACUCAGUAGCUCCUGGAUACCAGGUUUCAACAGUGCCACAGAGCUCUGGAGGCCAUGGCCAGGCAUCACUUACUGCAGUGCAUGGUAGUCAUCACCACAGCACGCCUGUGCCAAGCCAUGGGGGACCAGCUGUUCAGAGUCAUGCUCAUUCAACCCCACCAGCUGCACCUGCGCAAGGGCAACAGUUUCAGAGGCUAAAGGUGGAAGAUGCUCUUUCUUACCUUGACCAGGUAAAACUGCAGUUUGGUAGCCAGCCGCAAGUGUACAAUGACUUUCUUGACAUAAUGAAGGAGUUUAAAUCACAGAGUAUUGACACACCAGGGGUCAUAAGCCGUGUGUCUCAACUCUUUAAAGGUCACCCAGAGCUAAUAAUGGGCUUUAAUACUUUCUUGCCACCUGGAUACAAGAUAGAGGUGCAAACAAAUGACUUGGUUAAUGUAACCACUCCUGGUCAAGUUCACCAGAUUACAACACAUGGUCUGCAGCCUCCAGUUCCUCAAGCUCCUCCACCAUCACAACCAUCUGCCCAGCCCAUUCCAUCACCAGUACACCCAACUCCUCAGCCACCGCCAGCUAAAAUCAGCAAGCCAAUGCAGUCCCAGGCUCACACCCCAACAAACCAGCAAAGCACACCUAUACAGUACCCAUCUCCACGGUCUCCACCAGCGCAACCACACACACCAGGACCUUUGGCACAUGCUACACCCACUGCAACUGCAGCAACUCCUACAAUGCAGAACAACCAGCCAGUUGAGUUCAACCAUGCAAUUAACUAUGUAAACAAGAUCAAGAACCGCUUUCAAGGCCAACCAGACAUCUACAAGUCAUUUCUUGAGAUUCUGCACACAUAUCAGAAGGAACAGCGCAAUGCUAAAGAAGCUGGAGGUAAUUACACGCCAGCCCUGACUGAGCAGGAGGUCUAUGCCCAAGUAGCAAGACUUUUCAAAAACCAAGAGGACCUGUUAUCAGAAUUUGGGCAAUUUCUUCCUGAUGCCAACAGCUCUGUGCUUUUGAGCAAAACAACUGCUGAAAAAGUAGAAUCUGUAAGAAAUGAUCAUGGGGGCACAGUGAAGAAGCCACAGCUUAACAAUAAGCAGCAGAGGCCCAACCAGAAUGGCUGCCAAAUUAGACGACACUCUGGGACUGGUGUCACACCUCCAGUUAAGAAGAAACCUAAAAUUCUUAUCCCUAAAGAUCAAUCACUGGCAGAUGCCAACAAACAUGGAGCAGGAGCAGAAUCGCAGUUUUUUGACAAGGUUCGGAAGGCUCUGCGGAGUGGGGAGGCAUACGAUAACUUCUUGAGAUGUCUGGUGAUCUUUAAUCAAGAAGUAAUUUCCCGGUCAGAGCUAGUUCAACUGGUGUCCCCAUUCCUAGCUAAGUUCCCAGAGCUGUUCACAUGGUUUAAAAAUUUCUUGGGUUACAAAGAGUCCUCACAUUUGGAGAGUUUCCCUAAAGAGAGAGCUACUGAGGGUAUUGCCAUGGAGAUUGACUACGCCUCAUGUAAGCGUUUGGGGUCAAGCUACCGAGCCUUGCCCAAAAGCUUCCAGCAGCCAAAAUGCACUGGCAGGACACCACUCUGUAAAGAGGUUUUAAAUGACACUUGGGUGUCUUUUCCUUCCUGGUCAGAAGACUCUACUUUUGUGAGCUCUAAAAAGACACAGUAUGAGGAACACAUUUACCGAUGUGAAGAUGAGAGAUUUGAGUUGGAUGUGGUUUUGGAAACCAACCUGGCUACCAUUCGUGUUCUGGAGACUAUCCAGAAGAAACUUUCACGGCUUUCUGCAGAGGACCAGGCCAAAUUCAGGCUGGACAAUACACUUGGAGGAACAUCUGAGGUCAUCCACCGCAAGGCUCUGCAGAGGAUAUAUGCAGACAAAGCUGCCGAUAUAAUAGAUGGUCUAAAGAAAAACCCUGCUGUCGCUGUACCCAUUGUUCUAAAGAGGUUGAAAAUGAAGGAGGAGGAGUGGCGGGAAGCACAACGUGGGUUUAAUAAGAUCUGGCGGGAACAAAACGAAAAGUACUAUCUUAAAUCUCUAGAUCAUCAGGGCAUCAAUUACAAACAGAUUGAUACAAAGGUGUUGCGUUCCAAGAGUCUCCUUAAUGAGAUUGAGAGCAUAUAUGACGAGCGGCAGGAACAAGCUUCAGAAGACAAUUCUGGGAUCUCUUCUGGCCCACACCUCACACUCACUUAUGAUGACAAACAGAUACUGGAAGAUGCAGCCUCACUUAUCAUCCACCAUGUAAAACGACAGACUGGCAUACAAAAGGAGGACAAAUAUAAGAUAAAACAGAUUGUCUAUCACUUCAUCCCAGAUUUACUUUUUUCCCAGCGGGGAGAGCUCUCUGAUGUAGAGGAAGAAGAAGAGGAAGAAACAGCUGAGACUGAAGAUGGGGUUACAAAAAAACAUAAUGGAGUGGGGGUUGGUGGGGGUAGUAGUCCUCCAAAGGCUAAGCUGAUGUUUGGAAAUACAGCAGCACAGAAGUGGCGCGGUGUGGAGGAUGCAUACAACCUUUUUUAUGUGAACAAUAACUGGUACAUAUUCCUUCGCCUACAUCAGAUACUAUGCUCCCGACUUCUUCGCAUCUACAACCAGGCAGAAAAACAAGUGGAGGAAGAGAUGAGAGAAAGGGAAUGGGAAAGAGAGGUACUGGGUCUGAAGAGGGACAAAAAUGACAGCCCAGCUAUCCAACUGCGAUUAAAAGAACCAAUGGACAUAGAGGCUGAGGAUUAUUACCCAGCAUUCCUAGACAUGGUUCGGAACUUGCUUGAUGGGAACAUGGACUCCAAUCAGUAUGAAGAUUCUCUGCGAGAGAUGUUUACUAUCCAUGCCUUUAUUGCCUUUACUAUGGAUAAGUUGAUUCAGAGCAUUGUUAGACAGCUCCAGCACAUAGUCAGUGAUGAAAUCUGUGUGCAGGUGACUGAACUGUACCUUUCUGAGAGCAGUAGCAAUGCCACUGGUGGGCUGUUAACCACUCAGGCCUCACGCAACCUGAAUGAAGCAAACUACCAACGCAAAGCUGAGCAGCUAAUGUCAGAUGAGAAUUGCUUUAAGCUGAUGUUCUCCCAGAGUCGCGGACAGGUCCAGUUAACAAUUGAACUACUGGACACUGAGGAAGAAAACUCUGAUGACCCAGCGGAGACCGAGCGCUGGUCUGAUUAUAUUGAGAGGUACAUGAACUGUGACUCCACUUCCCCAGAACUUCGAGAGCACCUUGCACAGAAACCUGUGUUUUUGCCUAGGAACCUGCGCAGAAUAAGAAAAUGCCAGAGGGGCAGGGAGCAGCAAGAGAAAGAUGGGAGUGGAAAGCGUGCACUGGAGAACUUGGAGAGCCUUGAUAAGCUUCAGUGCAAGUUUAAACUGAAUUCUUACAAGAUGGUCUACGUGAUAAAAUCCGAGGACUACAUGUAUAGACGUACUGCCCUGCUGCGGGCACAACAGUCCCACGAACGAGUGAGCAAACGAUUGCACCAGCGCUUCCAGUCGUGGCUGAGAAAAUGGAACCUUGAACAUGUUAGUCAUGAAAUGGCCUCUGAAACCAGAAAGUGGCUGAUGGGAGAAGGAGUUGAGGGAAUGGUGCCUUGUACCACUAGUAGAGACUGUGAGAUUCUGCACUUUGUGGACAUAAACAAGUAUCGAGUCAAGUAUGGGGCAACCUUCAAAACCCCAUAAAAUUUUUAAUCUGGAGAGAAGUAAAUUUUAAAAAUACUGAGAACUCUUAUUGAGAUUGAUCUGAAGAGCAUUGCCUGCUGUCUAAACCAGAAGGAUGACUAUCAAAGGCAUGAGUAGGCCUCAAACUCACGUAAAGAAUUUAUGAACCUCUUCUGCUGCCAGAGGAAUAUUUUUAACCCUCUGGCUGGAGAAAUGGUACAGUGUUACUGAAAAUGUCCUACCUUCCUGCCAUUUUGUCCCAGUAAACCCACUUUGCCACCCUUCUGUAAAUACAUGCGUGUACAUAACGUCAAGGAAGGUCCUUUUGAUUAAUUUCCUGUACCCCAUAUUGCAUAUUAUUUUAUAACAAGUAUCAUUAGUUUUAUGUUAGAUGUCUGUAACAUAGUAAUGGGGAAAGGGACAUCUUAGAAAGCCACACCCUCCUUUAUUACAGUUUUUACCAAAGGGAGUCUGUUGACAAGUGUGGUUUUAGUAUAUAUAUAUAUAUAUAUAUAUAUAUAUAUAUAUAAUUUCAUUCUUCCCUUGACUGUCUGUCAGUGUGUUUUAUUUUUCUUUCCCAACCCAACUUUAUUUUUUUUUUUUUUCCUGACACCCUUUUUUUAAAAACAUUGUAAAUAAAGUAAAGGUUUGGUAUGAUUUUGUUUUUUUUUUUUUAUGAAACAAAAGUUUAAAAUAACUUUUGGGCAUUUUUUUUAGCAUUGUAUCAAACAAGGUUUCUUAUUUUUUUUUUUUUUUUAAAAAGUGUCUCAUGAAACCAUGGAGAGUCACUUGUUAUGCGUGGGAUAGAAGUAAUCGCUGACAAUCACAGAGGUUUGUACAAUUAAUAUUUUCACUGCUGCCAAGUGUUUCAAAACAUAAAAAAAUCGUUGAAGCUUAAUUAGAAAAUGCAAUAAUGAAAAUAGCAAUUGCAAUAUUCUUGAGCUGCUAAGAUUGCUAAUAACAUUUUAUUUAUACUGCAACAGUUUUGUUGUUUUUGAAAGUGAGAGCUGUUGACACUUUCCCACAGUGCAGCAUGUCAUGACUUAUCUUUUCACUGGCGAGUAUUUCAAAACAUUGGUUAUGAUUGGUGGAGUAAAUGAGAGCUCUGUGGCUUUAACUUGCCACUGAUAUCAGUUGCCUUUUCAGCUCUUAAUGUAAAGUGAAAGUAUACCCAAAAAAGAAGGAUGAAUAAACUUCAAAAAUGUAGUUUCUUCUGCCUACAUUAGCGGUUUUCAGUAUUACAAGUUUUCAUGUGUCAGUACAGUAGUGUGCAUUUCAUUUCAGAUCCUUGUUUAAUAUUCAUCAGCUAAAUAUAUUUAACUGCCGACAUUACUCUGAUGUUUGCAUAUUUUUCCAAUAAAAGUGUAAUAUUAAGACUUUA